AUGUAUCCGUACGUCGUUCUUGUAGCCUUGGGCCUCUGUGCUGCGGUUCUUUCGUUCCUUAGCUACGCAAAUCGGAGAAAAUCUUCCAAUUCAGCAUGUUUACCGAGGGAUGUGAAGACUGCUCUGCCAACGACACCCAGGAAUCCAGCCGAUGAGGAGCGUCUAGCAUACAUGAGAAUGUAUCACAAAUUGCAUAACUUGGAGGAUCAUCCAGAUUUUCUCCCACUGGCACAGGACAUGUUGCUUUCGUUAUUGGCCGAGGGGCUAUCCUGGGAACGUCAAAGACCUGAUUCUAUUCUAUCUCUGGGCAGCUAUAGCCUACGCUCGCUACAGGCUUUUAUUAAGAACCAGGAUGAGCAGGUCGCCACACAGUGGGAACAAUACAUUACUAGAAGAGGGGGUGGUGGAAUGCGAGAGCUAUUCCAAACUCGCGAAGAAUCCUAUGACUGGAUCAAGCAAAGGGCACCACUCAAGCUCGUCGAUGGAGCUUGGGUUGGUCAUAUACACCGGGUCAGCACGCCUUAUGCCGAACGCCAUGUUACCAAAGAUGCGUGGCAGGUCAUGAUCGAGGAGUAUGGUGAUGGGAGUCUGGAAAUGCACCAUGUUCAUUUGUAUAGCCGGCUUGUUCAGGAGGCAGGAGUCUGUCUUCCUCCACCAGACUCGGCAGACUUCAUCGACCCACGGCAUGGUAUGGUCAAUACCUUGGUGUGGAAAGCUGCCGUUUCACAACUCCUCAUGUCUCUCUUCCCUCACGAUUACCUUCCUGAAAUCCUCGGAUUCAACAUGCACUUCGAGUUGCUUACACUCGAAACCAUGAAGGCUGCCAAGGAGCUGGAGGAGGUGGGGAUGAGUGGCUACUACUUUUUCCUUCACAUCAGCAUCGAUAAUUCCCAUUCAGGACAUACUGCCAUGGCUGUCAACAGUGUCGCAAAGUUCCUCAGGCACAUUGAAUCGACAGAGGGGGCUGAGGCGGCUGAAAGAGCCUGGAGGCGAGUUCAAGCUGGCUAUUGCCUAUCGAGUGCGCUUUCUUGUCCUGAAUUCGGAACCUCCACAACCUCUGGCAAUGAGUGGAACCAAGAGCUUGCCGAAGUCUUCAAAGCCAAAGCGCUGACAGCGGGAAAUAUUCAUUGCCCCAGCCUAAUCAAAAUCGAUGGCCAGACACUGAGUCAGUGGCUGGUUCCUAAGAACUUCGCCUCGAUCGAGAGUCAAAAGAGGAUGUUCGGGUCAUUCACUGCUGCCGAAGUCGAACUUGUCCGGCGCUGGAUUGACAAUCUGAGUAACCAUAGCCCCCAAGCAUAUCUCGAGCUCCUCGACGACCUUCCUCCACUUCCACCCGCGAGCAAGGACAUACGUAUACACUACCCUGUGUUCACCCCGGAAGGCUUCGAAAGUCUCGACUUCAUCCACGCAGCAAACUACGAUUUGAUAACGCCCCGGUCUGACGCUAGCACGAUUCUACCUCAACUUCUUCCACUUUGGUUCACUCACCAAUGUGUCCUGGAAGCCUUCAUGGCAGUACCCUCAAAGACGGCGAACCCAACAAUAUCGGCCAUGGUCCGCGUGCUCAGAACAUACAAUGGAUUCGCAUCCGUUGGCGCGGGCGUAGCUGGCAUGGACGAAGCCAGCAAGACAUCCACGGUGGGACUCAUCGAGAUGGGUCUGCACAUGGUCGAACAGGCCGGACUGCAACAGCCCACGUCUCUCAAGGAGGUGCUCGAGUGGUGGCCAUGUGAGCUUUCCGUGGCUCUCCUGCACCUCUCAAUGCGUCCGAAUAAGAACCGGGCCUUGCUACUAGGGCUGGCAUCGGCAUUUUCGACCUUACAUGGAGCUGUCUUGAGGUCCACGCUCCUGCCACCUGCAGAUCGGGAGGUCUUGAGAAGCAUCGUCUGGACCGAGCGACAGGCAUUCAAGCUGUGCGCAGAGGAUGAGAGACGCACGGCACCAUCAGGGCUUGAGUAUCAGCGGGGCCUCGAGUUGGGCGAAAAGGCUGUGGUAGGAAUUUGUCGAUUGAUAAAUUUACACGGGUAA